AUGGCGGCUUUGGCUGGUAAUAUGGUACCACAGCCGCACCAUUUCUUGCGGCAAAACGUGGAGAGUGCCGAGGGGUCGGUCUCCAUGGAUUCCAGCGACAAUUUCGACAGAGAAUCUCCCAAUAUGGACAAUAACAGUUGUUGCAGUGAUGACACAGUGCUGUCCGUCGGCAACGAGAAUCCGGUACAAGACAGCAAUGAGACCUUAUCGUUCAAGAACAUAGAGAGCCACCUGAACGCUAUUUCUCAAAUCACCAACAGCACCCUGAACCCGGAAUUAAGCCUCCGGAGCCCUUCUAGUCCAGCAAACUACAGACUAAGCCCUUCCAGUACCAAAUCUCAGCCCAGCUUCUGCUUCAGACCCGCAGACUUUGACAAGUCGAACUCUACGGACUUAUUCCGUCAGAACUUGUGCUCCCCCAGGUCUAUAUCCUCCCCGGAAUCGCCGGAAAGCGUGAACCGUAGCCCUAGGCAUCAGGACAAUUUUUGUUUCAACCAAAAGGACAUCUCCAAUAAUGAUGCCAACGGUGCUAGCUUGAAAUUCUCGAUAGACAAUAUUCUCAAAGCGGAUUUCGGGCGGAGGAUCACAGACCCUAUCAACAUAAGGAAGUCAAAGCCAAGGAGGGUGGUUCCGGAGAGUACGGAGGAUGGAAACAAGCUCUCAGGGCCGGUGGACCUCAGCAAAGGUGAAGAAAAGGCGGAGAAGAAGGAGGAAGCACAGCCGAUGUUGUGGCCAGCGUGGGUGUACUGUACCAGGUACAGCGACCGACCCAGUUCAGGUAGGGCUUGA